AUGAUCGAGUCGAAGAAGCUUAAAAAUACAAAAUCAUUCUUAAGAGGCAUCACGCCGGUACCGCUGGUGGUGCUCACGCACACAGGCACGCAGCGGGAGGCGACCAGCUCCUCCGGCGCUGAUCCCCAUUGGCGCGCCCUAAGUGGGCAGACCGCCACGCCCCGGCGUCGGCCCUGCUCGCUCGUGCCGCGCCAGUGUCCGCCAGACUGCCGAGCGCGCCGGGCCUCCCGCUUCCCCGCGCCUCGCUCGGCCACGCCGCGUCCCGUUGGGCCCGUGACGAAAACGUUCGUGGUGGCCAGCGGAGCCUUGCACCCGGGCUCGGGCCGAGCUUUCAUGGCUCAGCCUAGGUACGACGAAAGCCUCCACGGAGGAGGCUAUAUGGAGGGGGGCGCAAUGUACCACGAGCACAGACUGAGCCACCCGCACCUUCCGCCAGUGCACUACCCACCGCCUGCAGCGCCAGCCCACGCUCUACCAGGAGAGCCACUCGUCCACAAGAGAGACAAAGACGCUAUUUACGGGCACCCAUUGUUCCCCCUACUGGCUCUCAUCUUUGAAAAGUGCGAACUUGCGACGUGCACCCCCCGGGAUCCUGGCGUGGCGGGGGGAGACGUAUGUUCAUCAGAGUCCUUCAAUGAGGACAUUGCAGUCUUCAGCAAACAGAUACGUCAGGAGAAACCUUAUUAUAUAGCGGACCCAGAGGUCGACUCAUUAAUGGUGCAAGCAAUACAAGUUCUCCGGUUUCAUCUAUUAGAAUUAGAAAAAGUACACGAGCUGUGUGACAACUUCUGCCACCGCUACAUCAGCUGCCUCAAAGGCAAGAUGCCAAUAGACUUGGUCAUCGACGAGCGGGAAUCGGCCCGCCCCCCUGACACCAACGGCGAGCCACGUUCCGCCCCCGACAGCAGCCACGACGGCGCGUCCACCCCCGAUGUCGUGAGUACCCCCUACACCAAGUCCCAUCUGAUUCAGAGGCGUGAUCCCCAGCUUGCACCCAACUCGACCACGAGCUACCUCGUGCACCCCUGCUCUUAG